AUGGAUACAUGUACAUCCGGCAACGCGAGCAAACCCUCGGGACUUCCGCGCCUCUCCAAGCUGCCGAAGCCGCGACCAGCACAAGCACCAGCACCACCACAACAACAACCACCACCACAGCCACAACCACAACCACAACCACCUCGAUUCGCCAAUCUCGCCCCGCCAUCUCUCAACCCACCCAAUAGAGCGCCCAGACUGGCUAAACGUGCCUCGACUUCUUCGCUGACCCCUCCCAACAAACCGACCACCAGAGCUCCUUCAGCCAAACCGGUUGCCUCUCGGACAAACCUUCCCGCUGCACCCAAGCCAGUUGCCAAGACGUCAACGACUGUCACAACUACAUCACUUUCCAACCGUUCGCUAGUGAAGCCUCAGAAACGACAGGUUUCCGCCCCUCCGACCAAGAUCCAGAUCAAUGGAGAGGAUGAAGAGCACAUCGACCAAUUGACUUCCCUCGACAGCUUCCGUUCUGCCUCUCAGCAAGGUUUCCAUUCCAAUGCCCUUGAGUCGCCGCCCCUCGCCUCGCCUGACGAGGUGUAUGACCCGAGUGAAUCCAGUGAAGCGCGAGGGCGAGAUGGUUCCCGGCCUUCACUCUCCCACCGGACCCUGGAGAGUCUGCAGAGCAUCCCCCUCACGCCCAAAGAGCGGAGGCGCUCCAGCUUCUUCAACCCACCGGAGAGUCCAAUGGGCCCGCCACCGCGCCCGGGCUCCAGUCUGAGCAGUAGAAAUGGCAGUCGAAGUCGGCCCGGCACUAGCGAUGGCACGUUCCCAAAGCCGCUUGGCAGGUCAGCUUCGCCUGGAAAGAAGAUACCUGCUACUGCCCAGCCAACCACGCGGAUUGCUUCGAGAUUGCCCAGUCUUGGGUCUGGAAGCUCUACUCGCAGGAGCAUAAGCGGCGGCCUCACGAGCAAGCUUCAGGAAGUCAGGACAGCCUCUCAGCGUGCAUCGCCCGCGAAGAAGCCCACCACCACGCAGGCCAUGGGCACUGGCCCGAAGCUAUCAUCUGGAACCAGACCGGCUGCUACCUCGAGGCCGAGGAAGCCCAGACCUCAGCUAGGCGAGGCGUUCGCUUCUCCUUCUUGGCAGGAGACAAACGAUACCAAAGCAGCAGCACCGUCGGCUGAGCCAAAACAAGCUGUUUCGAAUUCAUCAGCUGCAUUACGAGAACAGAUUGCGGCGGCAAAGGCAGCCGCGCGAACGCAAAAGGAAGCGGCGCAUGACUCCCCACAGGAGUCGACUGCGGUUGAGGAUGGCGCGCCAUUUGAGGAGGACUUGCAUUCUGAUCCAUUCAAUCAAGCACCGAAGGACGAGAAACACAUUCUGAGAAAUCGCAUCAACGCCGCACGAACGGAUGGUAGGCUGAACAUUGCUGCACUGGGCCUGAAGCAAAUACCGGAUGAAGUUCGCUCGAUGUAUAGCUCGGCCGCAAUGGAGGAAAGCAAAGUCAACUGGGCAGAAGUGAUUGAUCUCGUCAAAUUCAUUGCGGCCGAUAACGAGUUCGAGGUCCUCGAAGACGCAGUCUUUCCAGACCUCUCACCGGAUCAGCUGGCUGCGGAUGACCAGACCGAGGGCAAUCAGUUCGGCGGGCUGACCGUACUGGACCUCCACAACAACUCACUUGUAUCCUUGCCAAUGGGCUUGCGGCGUUUGGAAAGGCUCACGAGUCUCAACCUCUCCCAUAACAAGCUGGACAACGAUUGUGCAGAUGUCAUCUCUCAAAUCAAGACACUCAAAGACCUUCGCCUUGGUCACAACAACCUGAGCGGAGCGGUGCCUCUAAAACUGUGCGAGUUGUCGAAUCUGGAAACACUGGACCUGCAAAAUAAUCGUCUGUUGAGUCUGCCGGAAGUGCUGCGUGAUCUCGUUAACAUCAAAGUUUUGAAUGUCUCUGGGAAUCAACUGACUGCGUUGCCGAUGGAUGCUUUGCAUACAUUGCCACUGGUGGAGCUCGAUGCAAGCAACAACGCUCUCAUAGCUUCGAUCUUCCCACUUGGAAGCAACGUGGAUGGCCAUCCGACAUUGCAGGUCCUCAAUGCAGCCAACAACUCCCUCGCAGCAUUGUGUUUCACGCCGUUCCUGAACAUGCCUCACCUGACUAGCCUGAACUUGACAAACAACCACCUGGAAGCACUUCCAGAUACGACGGGCUGGAGAGAGCUCAUUACGCUCGCUGUCGGCGAUAACAAGAUUGCGGAGUUUCCAGUAGGUUUCACGGGCUUGCAAAAGCUACGGAACGCCAACUUCACGAGCAACGAGAUACGUCUUCUGGAUCCUGCGAUUGGAAUGAUGGAUAGCUUGGAGUUCCUCAUCUUGGCCUCUAACCCGUUGCGGGAGAAGAAGUUUUUGACCAUGAGUGCGGCUGACAUUAAGCGCGAUCUGAGAUCCAGACUCGCACCAGAGGAGCUCGCAGGCGUGGAAGAACCGACUAGUCCGGUGACCGUCAUUGGCGACUCAGACUGCCCCUCGUCGAUGUGGUCUUUGAAGAACGGGAGAGUCCUCGAUCUCGCUUCCGAGGACCUAUGUGAUGAUUUGAACGACCAGCUCGGCUCCUUUCUCAACAGCAACGAAGCCAUAAAGAUCGACCUACAUUCGAAUCACAUCACCUGCAUUCCGCCAGCGCUCUGGAUGGCCCAGAAACUGCGCGUAUUGGAUCUGUCAUGCAACAUCAUGAGUUCGGACUACCUUUCCGAGGAACUACAGCUGCCAGAACUGCAGGAAUUGAAUCUUUCCAAGUGCCGGCUUGCGUCGUUCGAGCCUCUCAUUGCGCAGCUUCAGGCGCCCAAUCUGACCACUCUCAACGUCAGUGCGAAUCGUCUUACCGGUCCUUUGCCGGCUCUCAAGGAGACCUAUCCACUCCUUACGACUCUUUUCGCGUACGACAAUAGAAUUUCAUCCAUCUCCGCGAACACUCUUCGGGGCCUGAUCACCGUCAACUUGUCGAGUAAUGAUAUCGCACAACUACCUGCAGAGGUCGGGCUUCUCUGGGAGGAAGGCUUAAGGAGUCUGGAAAUCGGUGCCAAUGCUUUCCGCGUCCCCAAUUACCACGUCUUAGGCAAGGGAACAGAGGCGACGCUGAGGUGGCUGAGAGACCGGUUGCCUGCCAGUCAAGGCGCUGUGAGAGGCGAGGAUGAGAUCGCCUGA